UUUCUAUAAUUAGAGGAAAUAUUUAUGUUGGUCCAAGCACAGGAAAUGGUCACUAGUCAUCAGCACAAACUAGACACUUUGCACUUAAAAUUGAUGACUUGGUAAAGACUACAAUAUACAACUUGGUAAAGACUAUAAUAUAUUUUAUAGAAAUGUGUAACAAUGGAUUUUAUAUUCUUUUUUUUUUAUUUAUAAGGAACACCUUACAAUACAUUCCUGAAAUCUGAAGCAAAUCUCUCUCUGGUAUUUGUAUUCUCCAACAAAUAUUGAACAAAAGAAAGCGUAUAGGAAGAAACAAGUGAUGCUUAUAGUCCUUACCAUGGAAAUGCUAAGUUUGACUCAGACCUUCUUUAGAAGUUUUGUUGGGUUCAAUGGACCAUUUCAGGCAGCAUUUACCUUCCUUCUGUUUACAAUAUGCUCGACUCAGAAUUUCAGAGCACCUCCUCUCAUUCCCAAUGUUCCGUACCUCUGGGCCUGGAAUGCUCCAACAGAACGCUGUAAUAAAAGACAUGGUGUGUCACUAGAUCUGAGACUAUUCUCUUUAGUUGGAAGCUCUCAGAAAGACGUCACUAGACAAAACAUUACUUUGUUUUAUCCUGAUCAACUUGGUUACUAUCCUUACAUAAAUAGAGAGACAAAGAAAAGAGUGAAUGGUGGAAUUCCACGGUUGAGAUCCCUAAAAAGGCAUUUAAGAGCAGCUAAAGAAGAUAUUACCCACUACAUUCCAACUGAUAAUGUGGGCUUGGCUGUGAUUGACUGGGAAGAGUGGCAACCUCUCUGGGAAAGAAACUGGGAACCUAACGACGUGUAUAGGCAGCUAUCGAUGAAGUUGGUUCGACAACGAAGUAUACUACUGAACAAAACGGAGACAAUCAAAGUAGCCAAAAGAGAAUUUGAGAAGGCUGCAAAGAAUUUUAUGCAAGAAACUUUAAGUCUGGGGAAAUUGCUGAGACCAAAUUUCUUAUGGGGUUAUUAUCUAUUUCCUGACUGUUACAAUUAUUAUAACAACGCACCCAAUUAUACUGGAGGUUGCAGUGGUGUGGAAAAAAGGAGAAAUGAUGAGCUCGACUGGAUGUGGAAUGAAAGCACUGCCCUCUACCCUUCCAUUUAUUUGAAGGCCCAGUUAAGCUCUACUCCUCAAGCUGCACUCUUUGUUCGAAAUCGUAUUCAGGAAGCCAUUCGGGUUUCUAAGGCACCUCACACUAAAAGACCAAUUCCAGUUUUUGUAUAUACUCGUCCAGAUUUUCAAGAUCUUUCUACAAAAUACCUUCCUCAAGUUGACCUUGAAAGUACAAUUGGUGAAAGUGUUGCUCUAGGUGCCUCUGGAAUUGUAAUAUGGAGAAAUUUCAAUUUAACCCAAAGUAGGCAAUCUUGUAUGAACCUAAGCAAUUAUGUGAAGACCAAACUGAAUCCUUACUUGAUCAAUGUCACAUUAGCAGGCAAAAUGUGUAGCCAAAUGCUUUGCCAAGACCAAGGAGUAUGUAUAAGGAGAUACUGGAAUUCAAGUGACUAUCUUCACCUGAACCCAAGGAAUUUUGCUAUUCAAACUGGGAAUAAUGGAAAAUACAGUAUCCAUGGAAAACCCACACUUGAAGAUCUGCACUACUUUUCUGAUAAAUUUUAUUGCAGCUGUUAUGCCAACAUCCCUUGUCGUGCGACAUUUGAAAUACAAAAGAACAAGACUAUUCAUGUUUGUGUUGCAGAAGACAUUUGUAUUGAUGUCUUUUUAAAUAGAAAAAGAAAAGGUCAUUCUUCUAGACCUUCUAGGGUCAAAGCAAAAUCUAAACUCUCUAGAAAAGUCUUGUCUCACACAGCAGCUAGCAAAAUGUCUCCAUGUGUUUCUGGGAAAGUCCCCAGGAAGUGUGACACAAUCAGAUAAAAAUCUUUUCCAAGAUCA